AUGAUGUAUGUGUGUUCUACCUACAGGCCUAGCAUCACAACUUUAAAUACAAAUAGACGAGCUAUACAAAACAUUAUUUUGAGUUAAGGACAUGUAGGCAGGCAGCAGCGGUGGCCGCAGUCGGUCUCCUGAUCAGUCGCCGUGCGCUGUGCGGGUUCGAGUCCCGUCCCAGGAGAAAUUUUUCUCUUGGCUAUGGAUGUUGUGAUUGUCCGUAGGUGGUAGACGGUCUCUGACUGUCGAACGCAGAGGUACCACCCGGCGGAUCUCGUAGGCGGGGCCAGAAAAUGUGCAUGUUACAUGGACACGUGU